UCCACCACCAAAUCUUUCAUCAAAAGAUACACACACCCAACUCCCUUCUUCUCUCUCUCUCUCUCUCUCUCUCUCUCUAUAUAUAUAUAUAUAUAACUGAACUUAUAUAAUCAACGGUGUAUCUUCAUAAGAAAGAUCAACUUCACAGAAGAAGAAGAAGAAGAAGAAGAGCUGCAAGGAGGACAUGGCGAGCUCUGUACAAGUGGUGAAAAAGCCUGUUCUGAUCACUCCCUCCGAACCCACUCCAUCUCGGCUUCUCUCCCUUUCGGCUCUCGACUCCCAGCUCUUCCUCCGUUUUUCUAUCGAGUACUUGCUCGUAUACCCCUCCCAAAGCCCCUCCUUCGACAAAGCCACCACUUUGGCCAACGUAAAGACCGCCCUGGCUAGAGCCCUGGUCCCUUACUACCCUCUGGCUGGCCGUGUUAGGCCGAGUCCCCAUGGCUCUGGCAUUCUCGAGCUCGUUUGUCGAGCUCAGGGUGCGGCUUUUAUUGAAGCUGUCUCCGAUUACACGGCUGCCGACUUCCAGGAACCGCCACGAUUCGUGACCCAGUGGCGGAAGCUCUUGUCGUCCGAUCUGAUCACGCCAGUGCUGCCACCGCUAGUCGUCCAGCUCACUUGGCUCGCCGAUGGUUCCGCGGCUUUGUGCGUGGGGUUCACUCACUCAAUCUGCGAUGGCAUUGGAACUUCCGAGUUUCUCAACUUGUUCGCCAACUUAGCUUCCGGAAGAACCAAACUCUCCGAUUUCAAGCCCAAACCAGUCUGGGACCGUCACCUUCUCGACCGCACAAAUCUAGACUCCGGCGACAUCACCUUGGCCGGAACUCACCCCGAGUUUGACCGAGUGCCGGACCUUUGCGGAUUCUCGACUCGCUUCUCGCAAGAGCGGCUCAGCCCGACCUCCAUCAUAUUCGACAAAGCAUGGAUAAACGAGCUGAAGAGGCUGGCCACGUUCACGGGUCAACCCAGCGAAUUCGGGUUCACGUCAUUCGAAGUUCUCUCGGCUCUCGUGUGGAGAAGCUGGGCCAGAGCGCUGAACCUGCCGGCGAAGCAAGUGCUGAGGCUGCUCUUCAGCGUCAACAUUCGGCACCGAGUGAAGCCGAGUCUACCCGCCGGGUUCUACGGCAACGCGUUCGUGCUGGGCUGCGCACAAACGACCGUGAAGAGGCUGACGGAGCAGGGGCUGGGCUAUGUGUGUGGGUUAGUGAGGAAGGCCAAGGAGAGAAUAGGGGACGAGUACGUGAGAGAGGUGGUGGAAUCGGUGAGUGGGACGAGGCGGGCGAGUCCUGACUCAGUGGGCGUCUUGAUCGUGUCGCAAUGGUCAAAGUUAGGGCUGGAUAUGGUUGAUUUUGGGAUGGGAAGGCCGGUUCAUGUGGGGCCUGUCUGUGCCGAUAGGUAUUGUCUGUUGUUGCCGAUUCAUGAUCGACCGGACGCCAUCAAGGUCAUGGUGGCUCUACCCGACACCGCCGUCGGCCGCUACGAGUGUUUGGUGCAGAACCCUUACUCUUGAAUAUAUAUAUAUAUUAAAUGUUAGACAAAUCUACAGGCUAGAGUACGUUAGUUUGGUUACGAACUAACAUUACCUAAAGAAAUGAAGAUGUACCAGAGACUAUCACCUCCGAACCAUAAAUAACUCUUAAUCAUAGAUGUGCAUGUGAUCACCGCUAGCUCGUUGACUUUUUCAAUCACUUAAAAGGAUUCCAACUCUGAUCUGUAGAAGAUUUUUCUGGAGAAUUUAGCCGUCACCCGCCAUGUGAUUGCUUCAUGUACAUACGAAGUAGAGAUGUCAAAGGCACGUGGUGUCUAAAUUCGCAUCUCCCCUGUGCCACCCUUGAUGUGAUGUUAGAACUUCUUACAAAAAAUAUAACGAUAUAAAAUAAACAAAUUUGAAGGAAAUCUUUAUAUGCCGAUCAUGAAGUUAUAUAUAGUAUUUGUCUAAAAAGGUUGGUUAAUGAUGUGGAAUUACUUCUCCAUCAAUAUCAAAUAUGGUUGUUUUAUUCUUGUUGUUGCCAAAAUAGAAUUUACGAGGUGCGUGGGAGUGUGUGUCCAGGUCUUGCUGGAGCAUGGUGUCCAACUUCCAGGUUUCUCCUUGUGGAGGUGAGUCCAAGUUUGACUGUGAUACUUGACGUUAAACCGAACCUGGGAAAAAGGAAGGAUCGCUCCAGGUGGAAAAAGCGGGCUUCGGGAGAGAGGGUUUCUCUUGGAGGAAAGGUGGCUCUGGGAGAGAGGUCCAUUCCUGGGAGGAAGAUGGGCUUUAGGAGGUAGGCUUGCUUCGGGAGGAAGGGCGACUUUGGGAGGUAGUUUGGCUCCAGGAGGAGGGCUUGCAUUGGCUCUGGAAGGAAAUAUGGGUGGAUUGCCGACAGGGAGAUUGGGUCCUCCGGGUGGAACUUUUGUACUUCGGGAAGAACAAUAAUAACAACCAUAGUGUAGAAGGCAAGUGGGGAUUUUUCUCCCGCGCAUGUACUCUCAUACUUAAAGCUAGUAGUAGAAGUAGAAGAUUGAUCCAGGUAAACACUA